AUGCCCGCGGGCUGGGCGCAGCCGAAGCGGGCCGCCAGCAACUCGGCCUCGGGGCGGUGCAAGGAGCACCCCAGCUACCUGCCCAGGCUUCUCGAUCUCUCAGUGCAGUCUGCGAUAUCGGCCGCGGUGUGUGCGCGGCAGGACACGGUGGUCAAUCUCUCUUGCCCGGCGCCGCCAGCGGCGCAGGUCGAGCUGCACUGCCCGGAGGUCAAGAUCCCUCCGGUGCAAGUGCAGUGCAUCUCGGAGGGCCCGGGCGUCGUCGGGUACCUGGCGUACGGCCUCGCCAGGCUGGCCCUGUUCCUGGCGGGCUGGGUCUGUGGCGCGCUCCUUGCGGUGCCGACGCUGAUCGGCAGCAGCAGCUCGCAGUCAUCCAGGCCCGUCGUCAUGACGAGGGUCGGUGACGUGCUCCUGUUGAAGUACAACGUGCCGGGGCCCGCGCUCUGGCAUGAGAGGAUCGUGCUCGCGGUCCAUCCCACUGAUGCGGGGCACUACUACCUUUUGACUCCAGAUGAUGACGCUUACAUCGAGGAUUGCUCGCCCGCCUCCGCCGACGUCGAGAGGAUCCGCGGCGCGGCGGGGCUCGGGGAUACGCCUCACGGGCUCGGCGGUGACCAGAUCUACCGCUUUCGGGGGCCGCCCGCCGUGGAGGAGCUGAGGCAGCAGCUGAUUGAUGCGGCCCUCGCGCUGGGGCUCCCGGGAGUCCAGGUGGCUGGGGCGGCCGCUCCGGCCCCGCGGGCGGAUCUCGUCUGGGUCGCCGCCGAGGACGCCGAGGACCUGCCGAAGGGCACCGAGAUCGACAUCACCGCGGACACGGUGGCGUUCGGCGAUCGGGCCAUCAUGCCAUGGAAAGGGGGCUUCGUGAGCUUGCGACAGCUCACUCGCCCAGAGAUCUACCGCUUUACCUAUGAUGACCUGCGCGUGUUGCCGGUGCAGUUCGACUCCAGCGGGGCUCGCCGCGUUGCCUUCGGAGAGGGGGUACAGCGGCAGGACGACACUCUGCCCGCUGGCGGGCUGGACCUGCAGUGCCCGCGGACUGCCGCCUGGUUCUGCCGGUACAUCGCCGAGAAUGGGCCGACGCCCCAGGCCGCUCACGAGGCUUGGCUGCGCAAGGCCAAGCUGCAUGAUGGCGAUCGGGCCAUCCACGAGCACUUCGUCCUGUCGCAGGUUUUGUCGGCCGCCGUGUGUCACGACCAGCUGAAUGUGCCAGCCCUCAAGAGCAUGGAGAUGGUCGUCAGGCGGCUGCAGCUUAUCAAGUCCGCCUAUGCACAGUCCGCGUCGGCGCCCGACUUCUCAGGAGCUGAUCACUUCAUGGGGUGGAGGCCGGCCAGUGCCUCCGCCUCGGUGGCGUCCGAGUUGGCGGCCCACGUCGCCACCAAGUUCCGGGACGAGGCCGCCAUCCUCAAGGAUUUUGAUCGGUAUGUGGAUGCUAGUCGCCAGCGUGACCUAUUUCCACUCCCUGCUGUCGAAGUCGACGAGCGUCCUGAUCCCGGCUUGUCUGCUACCGUCUUCAAGCGUCUGUCGAGGAGGCGGUCUAGGCAGCUUCUGGCCAACGGGGUGAUUGACACGCUCAACGACUUGGCCUCCCCAGCCGCCAUAUCUACCUUCCGGCCUACGGCUGCUCAUCGGGCUGCACAUGGUCAAGUUUUGUCUACUCUGGCGGCGAGGCCGUCUUGCACGUCAAUGUACAAAGACCGCGAAGCCCUCAAGGCGCUUUGCGGAUCGGAGUUCUCCUAUGCUGGGGGGGAUUCCAGUUGCAGCGUGGAGCCGUAUGAUCGAGGCCGGGUGUCGAUGCCAGCUGCGGGGGCCUCGCCUCCUUGGCUGACCAACGUCAUUGACCCUUCCGGUAGAGGCGUAGUCGACGGCUUCACCACCGCGAUGCUCCGCUCGCCCGUCGAGAUGGGGGCCAUCAUGGACCAGCAGGCAUUCAUUAAGCCCUACAUGGACGUGAGGCUCAAAAGGGACAGGUCGCUGUACUAUCAGUUCGUCCGCGACCUGUUCGAGUCCAACCUCGUGGAUUUUGGGACGGAGGCUUUCGAGACCGUCUACCCGUUCUUCCGGCUGGCGUGGGACUGCCGCGUGGCCAACAUCCGCUGGCGCAGCCCGCCCAAGAUCCGCAUGGCCAGUGGUUCCGCUUUCGCCGGUCUGCAGAUCCCGCCGGAGCUGCAGGAGCAGGGCAUGUGGGGUGCCGGCUCCGACAUCGCGGACUACUUCUUCUGGCUCGCCAUGCCGCCUGAGAUGCGGCCAUUUUUUGCCCUGCCUCCUGUGCCUGGCGCUUUGCUUCUGGAGUGGGGUGUGCCCGCUCGCCUCGGUGGAGACCUGCACGGUCUCUUGGAAUGGCGCUCCGACUUGCCUGUUCUGAAUGUGUACUGUGAUAACUUGAUGGUUCUAGCAGCGACCCCGGAUAGUGCGACGGCAGCUCGAGAUGCCGUCAUUGCUCAGCUCAGAGGUUCUGGUUUUCUUGUCCAUGAGGUGUUUGGUCCAGUUAGACAGUUUACUGCCCUGGGGUAUCACAUCGACGGGGAGGCUAUGAAGGUUUGGGUCGAGCCGAUGCGUAGGGAGAGGAUUGCUGCCGCUGCCCGUGCCUUGUCACGAAGGCCGCGGAUCACAGGAUUGGGACUGAGCCGUUUCAUUGGUCAUUGUAUCGCCGCCUUCCUCAUCUUUCGUCCUGGGCUCUCGGUCUUUAGGCGCAUGUGCGACUUCGCUUCGAAGAUGGGUGCCGCUCCGGGACGUCUGUGGGGUGAGGCAGUUCGUGAGGCUCGUCAGGUGUCGUACCUCAUCCAGGUGACCAUGUUUGAUCUCUGUCUGGAGUGGUCUGACAGGGUCGUCGCUACCGAUGCUUGCUUGUCUGGAUAUGCUGUCGCUGCUACCCGCUGGCCUCAGGAGGUCAUCAAGAGCUACGGGACCGUCCGGGAAAAGUGGAGAUAUCGGAGUACGUUGCCGUCUGCGACUGCACCUCGUGAUGCUGCCCUGCCUGCCUUUGCCGACCCGUUCACCGACAUCAAUACCGUAAAGACCAUGAUCGAGCCGAAAACUAUCUCGCCGUACGAGCCGAAUCCCGAUUUCGCCGAGAUCAAUCCGAAGUAUCUUCAGAAGGGGGACUGGAAGCUUCAGUAUGCGUCGAGAUUUCGGGGACGUGAUGGGCCUAUCUCGCCUGUGCAGCGGACGCUCCGCCCGGCGCAGGAGCCUCCAUCUCGCUCGCAGAGUGGCUGGAGCUGGACGAGGAGGACGAUGCUCGCCUCUGGGGACGCCACGAGGAGGGCCCGGGCAGCCUCCCGCGCUUCGGUGGCGGGCGCCUCCGGGGCCAAGGCCGUGGCGGGUCAGGACACCUUCCUCGAGUCCAGCUCGGUCAGUGCCAAGACCUACAAGGACUACGAGCAGCGGCACACCGCCUUCCAGGAGUGGGUCUCCACCAAGCAGCUGGCGGGCAAGCUCGAGAAGGAGCUGGACCUCGUGCUCACCGACUACGUCAACCUCCUGUGGAAGAACGGGCACGACGUCUUAGAGAGGACGAAGAUGCUGGCGGCCUUCAUGUAUUUCCACCCGGACUACUCGAAGGCGGGGACGCGCGUGCUCCCGAGGGCGCGCAAGGCGCUCAAGGGCUGGACCAGGCUGGAGCCUGGCAAGACGCGGCCCCCAGUGCCGCUGCACCUGCUGGCGCUUCUGUGGCUCGAGCUGAUCAACAUGGGGAACCCGCUCAUGGCACUCGCGCUGGUCACGAUGUGGGUGGCCUACCUGCGGCCCGGGGAGGCGAUGAGGCUCAAGGAGAAGUCCCUCGUAUCGCCGCCUCGCACCACGUCUGCUGUCCCCUGGAGUCUGCACAUGCACGAGGAGAUGGACCAGCACCCCUCCAAGGUGAACCUUUUCGAGGAGAGCCUCGUGCUGGUCUCAAUCGAUCUCCCAUGGCUGGGGCAUCUGCUUGCCGGGCUUCGACGGGGACAGUCGGACAGGCUGCUCUUCGACUUCAAGUACCCCCUCCUCGGUCCGGCGCUCGCCAAGGCGGCCAAGGCGGUCGGGCUGGAGAAGCUCAAGAUCACCGCCUACCACAUGAGACACUCCGACCCCAGCCACGACAUCCUGUUCAAGAGAAGGUCGCUCCCGGCAGUCAAGGCAAGGGGCCGCUGGCUGUCGGACCGCACAGUAAGGAGGUACGAGGCGCACGGUCGCCUGCUGCAGCAGCAGGCACAGGUCUCGGACGACACGAACAAGAAGGGCGCCCUGGCUUUAGACAAGUUGCAGGCCGCGUUCCGCAUCUCUUUGUUCCCACAGGCCGGCGCCUCGUCCAGGGGUGCCGCGCCCACCGGCAUCCCAGCAGAGGCCUGGGACAUCGAGCAAGGCGAGGCGGCUGACUUUCUGAAGCUCGGCGCUCUUGAGAAGUUGGAGAAAGAGAUUGUGGAUGGCCUCAUUCGUUUCAUCUGGUUCGGACUGCCAUGCCAGACGUGGUCGAAAGCCAGGCGCUGGGAGGGAGAGGGCCAGGCCCCCUCAGAGAUGAUACGAAAUACUUGUAUGGUCUGCCUGAUCUCUCGCCCAAAGAUAACGAACACCAUCAUUGAGGGCAAAGACGCCCAAGGAGUUUGGCGCACGGCCAUGGCGCAACCAUACCCUGUCGAGUUCUGUGCGCUCCUCGCACAGCUCGUGGCCCCAGCUCUGUGA